GGAAGUUCUGGGCCGGGUCUUCCGGGGGCGGAGACUAGCCUGCCAGAGCUGGACUAGGGAGAGGGCUGGUAGGGUACCAGAUGCAGGUCAGACCCCGAGUGCCUAGAAUCCCUAGUUUACCCUGAUAGUCCUCGGGGUCACGAUGCAGCGGAGACUCUGGGUGACCUCCAGGUGAGGCGGAGGCGACGCCGCGGCGGCACUGAGUCCAUGCGGGUUGGCCGGCGAGGAUGCAGCCUGCACCUGCGAGCAUCCCGAGCGGCCACCGCUGCAGCAGCCGCAAACACAGAGCGACCCGAGAACGCGGCGCCAGCGGCUAGUAAAUCUUUUCCUAUAGGGCGCCAGCGGAGAAGACAACCGAAAAAGCGAACUUGCCAAAUUCUUGGUUUGGUUCGAUUAUUCAGCUACUCAAAGAGAAUCUGUUACAGAACAUGCCUUGCGCAUGUAAUCGGAGUAACUGGAGGAGAUGGAUCCGACCCCUGUUGGUACUUUUUUACGCAACAACCAUCCUGGUCGCGGUUCCGAUAUGCAUUUGGAAGUUUCAAAAAAUGAAGGUUGGAAUGCACACGAAAUCCUGGUUUAUAGCUGGAAUAUUUCUGCUGCUAACCAUACCCGUGUCAUUGUGGGGAAUCCUUCAACAUCUGGUACAUUACACUCAACCUGAACUUCAAAAGCCCAUAAUAAGGAUCCUAUGGAUGGUCCCAAUAUACAGUGUGGAUAGUUGGGUGGCCUUGGUAUAUCCCAAAAUUGCAAUAUACGUGGAUACCUGGAGGGAGUGUUACGAAGCUUACGUCAUCUAUAACUUUAUGAUCUUUCUUACCAACUAUCUGACAAUCCGAUUCCCAAACUUGAUAUUACACCUCGAAGCGAAAGAUCAACAAAACCACAUCCUUCCGUUAUGCUGCUGUCCACCGUGGGCGAUGGGAGAAAUGCUACUCUUUCGUUGCAAGCUAGGAGUGCUGCAAUAUACCGUGGUCAGACCGAUCACCACCGUCACUGCACUCGUAUGUGAAAUCCUUGAUGUAUAUGAUGAAGGAAACUUUGGUUUCAGCAAUGCUUGGACAUACCUCGUUAUACUAAAUAAUUUGUCACAAUUGUUUGCCAUGUACUGCCUGCUGCUGUUUUACAAAGUCCUAAAGGAAGAGCUUAGCCCUAUACAACCUGUUGGCAAGUUCCUCUGCGUAAAACUCGUGGUUUUCGUUUCUUUUUGGCAAGCGGUACUUAUUGCUUUGUUGGUUAAACUGGGCGUUAUUUCAGAAAAGCGUACCUGGGAAUGGCAAAGUGCAGAAGCUGUGGCCACGGGCCUGCAGGAUUUCAUAAUCUGCAUUGAAAUGUUCUUUGCGGCAAUUGCCCACCACUAUACGUUCUCCUAUAAACCCUAUGUGCAUGAAGCAGAGGAAGGCUCCUGCUUUGACUCGUUUCUUGCAAUGUGGGAUGUGUCCGAUAUCAGAGAUGAUAUUUCUGAACAAGUAAGGCGUGUCGGGAGGACAAUGAGAGGUUAUCCAAAAAAGAAAUGUUUUCCUGGAGAUCCAGAUCAUAAUGAGCACUCGAGCCUACUUUCUUCUUCUUCACAAGAUCUAACUUCUGGUUCUUCAAAGGUACCCUCCCCAGGGGGCCUGUACCAAGGUUUUGGACACACUAUUUCUUCACAGAGCCCAAUUUCUAUAGCCAGCAUAUAUGAAGAGAUCAUGAAUGACAUCCCAGAAGAGCAACAGAAGCUUCUCAAUCCCGGACAAGACGUCACGAUCAACAUCCCAGAAGAGCAACAAAAACUUAACACAGGCAAGGAUGUCAUGCUUGACAGACAGACCAUUACUUCACCGAGACCAAUUUCUAUAGCCAGCAUAUAUGAAAAGAUCAUGAUUGACAUCCCAGAAGAGCAACAAAAACUUACUGACACAGGCCAAGAUGUCAUGAUUAACAGACAGACCAUUACUCCACCGAGACCAAUUUCUAUAACCAGCAUAUAUGAAGAGGUCUUAAUUGACAUCACAGAAAAGCAACAAAAACUUAAUGAUACAGGCAAAAAUGUCAUGAUUAACAUCCCAGAAGAGCAACAAAAACUUAUUGACAAACGCAAAGAUGUCAUGAUUGACAUCCCAGAACAGAACGCAAUUCCUGAUAAUAGCCAAUAUCAAGACCAGGAACAAAUAGUUACUUUACAGGCUUUAUUUCCUUCAACAGAAACAUCUGAAAAUAGCAUGAUUGACACCUCGGAAUCACAGCAGGAGUCUUCUGAUUUAUGUACCGAAUCUUCUGAUUCAUCUACCGAGUCUUCUGACCUAUCUACGGACCCUUAAAGCUGACAUGUUAGCUCAAGAUCUCUGUGCAGUUCAAAAUGUUGCAAAAUCUCAAAGAUAGAAAAAACCACAUAUAAUACUAAUAACGCACAUGUUAACAUGCAUAUAUUUGUAUAUGUUUUACAUAUUACAAAUAAUGUUUAAAUUUCCUAGGCUUUGACUUUCUUAAACAUUUGGAAUAUCAUAUAUUCAAAAAGUAAGUAACAACUUUAGCAAAAUGCUCUUGAAUUUAUCAAACAGACAAACAUAAAAAAAAAAAAAAAUCAGUGCUUCAUACCACUGCAUGAAUCUAAUGUUCUGGACUGAAAAUUUAAAUUAAUUGAAUUCAAUCCUAAUCAUGUACCAUUUAACUUUCCAUAAUUAUACUGUAUUUAAACUCUUAAAA